UUUCGUUAUGUUUCUUUCCUCGCGGCCAGAGUAGUACCGGACGACGACGUCUGCAGUAAUGCUGUAACAAUCGCCCCGCGAAAAAUGUCGAAAAGCCGCUACACGGAUGUGAUCACGUCGUGCCGUCUGAUGAUCAUUGUCGCGUUGAUUGGUUCGUACGACAACUGCAACUACUGUCGGGCGGUGCAAUCGGUGACCGCUGCGGACUACCUACCAUACGUACGACAAGACGACUUCCGACCGCGCGAUGGUGGCGUCGACGACUUCCGGCCGGAUAGACUUCAUUACGGUGGCAGCUUCGCAAUCCCGGUCGCGGACGACGGAAACAGGACGCACGUGCAGCGAUUAUUGCGCCGCACUUCGGACAUGGUGUCCAAGUUCCUGCCGUUCGUUACUUCGGCCGAUGUGCACACACAAUGCUACAAGCACACGGCCGUGUAUCUGACGCAACUCAACGAUUUCCAGCUUUGGGCGACACAAAUGUUUGACGCGUCUGCCAAAUUUAUAUCGACUGGCUGGUUUGACGGAUCUACGUACAAUCUCGGGAACUUUGACGAAUGCGUCAAUGUCGAAGUAUUUGAACGGGAUGAUUAUAUCCAAGGACAAUACUGUCUAGUAGAAAUCGAAAUAAAUCCCAUAGCUCAUUCCAAAUUUAGAUCACGUAAACACGUUUUUAAUGAAUCCUCAUGGGAUACACUGCAGGAUUUGGCAUUUGAUCCGAACAAAAGUAUGCGGAACAGAAUUUAUAUAGCAUACUGUGUGCCACACACGUGCAACAGUGGAGACGUAUCGAAACACAUGGAAGGUAUCCUGCGGGAAAUCCCUCAGCAAAAAAUAACGACCAGUGUCGGGGCUGUCAAGUCAACGAAUACUGCAUUACCGUGGACCUGGGGAGAUUAUACAUUUUUGUCCAUAAUUGGAUUCUCGUUCAUUUUCAUUGGCGUGAGCACUUAUUAUGACUUGUUUACUUCAAUGUCUUCAUUCGAGCAUUUUCAGUUUUCCGAAAAAUCGAAAAAACACCUCGUACUCCAGUCGUUUUCACUAUCGAAAAACGUUCGUAAAUUGCUUACCUUCCCGAAGACUUCAGACAACCUGGAAUGCAUUCAUGGACUGAAAUUUAUAUCGAUGUGUUUCAUUAUUGUAGGACAUCGUUUUAUGUUCACUCUAGGCUCCCCAAUAAUGAACUCUAAUUUUAUUGAAUACUUUUAUAGCAAAAUCGAAGCCAUGGUCAUACUUAACGGACCCAUACUAGUGGAUACAUUUUUCAUAAUAAGUGGCUUCCUUGCAUGUUACUUACUAUUGGAACAUAUCCAAAAAAAUCCAAAAGCUUUUCAAAUACCGCUAUUUUACAUACACCGUUACGUGAGGUUGACACCGGUUUACGCGAUAGUGAUUGGAUUUUACUGUACGAUGUUUAUAAAAAUAGGAACUGGACCUCUGUGGAACGAGAAAGUGGGCUCGGAAGUGGAAAGAUGCCAUGAAAGCUGGUGGACCAACAUACUUUACAUAAACAACUAUAUCAAACCACAAAAAUUGUGCAUGAUACAGUCUUGGUACAUCGCAUGUGAUACGCACUUGUUCCUGACAGCCCCAAUCAUCGUCAGUCUGUUGUAUCACAAACCAAAAAUCGGAAACUUAGUACUGGCGCUCAUAUUGGUCGCGACGAUUUCCACGACUUUCUUCGUCACGUAUUUGGGCAAACUGGAUGCCUUUCUGUUGGUGCACAUCAAGACGCUGCGAAAUCCCAUCACCGACAAAACAUUCCGCAGCCUCUACAUACCAACACACACGAGAGCCACGCCGUAUUACGUCGGCAUGAUGACGGGCUUGGUGAGGCACAAGAUGAAAAACUCGUCCUACAAAAUCAACAAAUACGUGGUAUGGUCCAGUUGGAUCGUUUCGAUCUUCCUCAUGUUCGGCACGCUUUUCUCGGCCUGGUGGUUCUACGAGCCCAACUACAAAUACGACGCUUUUGUUGCCGCUCUGUACGGCGCACUGUACCGCAUUACGUGGGCAGCGGGUGUCAGUUGGACCAUCAUCGCAGUGUCCACCGGCAACGGAGGUUUUAUCGAACCUAUCCUAUGUUGGAAGCCGGUAAUAACGCUGAGCCGAUUGACGUACUGUGCGUUCUUGUGUCAUGGUGGACUGCAGUUGUACACAGUAGGCUCCAUCCGGACACCAUUUCACACGUCUUACUAUAACCUGGUGUGGUUAUCGUUCGGAGAUAUCACCCUAUCGUUCCUGGCGGCUUUCUGUUUGACAUUACUAUACGAAUCGCCCAUAAUCGGCUUGGAAAAAAUAUUCUUCAAUCCCGAUAAUAAAUCUCGUUACGUAAACAACAUCACGACAAAGAUAAGUAAUCUUAACGUCAAACCAGAAAAAUUUCAACAAAUAACAGCUCCAUAGUCGUCUAGUUACAACAAUUAUGUUCAAGAUUGUAACUCAAGUGUCUAUACUUCCUCAGU